UGACGCCCCCUAUUUAACUUGACGUUUAUCGGCUGGACCGGAAACCAAACAAGGAAUCGGGAUUUGAACGAUCUUACGUGUCAUUCCGAGAGUGUCAGAUAUUCAGAAAUCCCCUGGAGCCCCUCUGGUGAAACUGAUCUACUGGUCACUGUCUUGUCAUUGAUGAACGGUAACGGUUGCUAACACCUGUUGGAAUGAAGGCUCUGAUCCUGGUAGGGGGGUACGGGACCCGACUGCGACCGCUCACCCUGAGCGUCCCCAAACCGCUGGUGGAGUUCUGCAACAAACCCAUCCUGCUGCACCAGGUGGAGGCUCUGGUGAAGGCCGGGGUGAACCAUGUUGUCCUGGCGGUGAGCUACAUGUCAGAGCUGCUGGAAAGAGAGAUGAGGAUCCAGGAGGAGAGACUUGGGAUUCAGAUCUCUCUGUCACAUGAGAAGGAGCCUCUGGGGACGGCCGGCCCCCUGGCGUUGGCUCGAGAGCUUCUGAAUGUCGACAGCGAGCCGUUCUUUGUACUCAACUCAGACGUCAUCUGUGAUUUCCCCUUCAAGGACCUGAUGCAGUUCCACCGCAACCACGGCAGGGAGGGAACCAUCGUGGUAACUCGGGUAGAGGAGCCCUCUAAAUACGGCGUGGUCGUGUUCGAGUCAGACAGUGGACGGAUACAUCGCUUCGUUGAAAAGCCGCAGGUCUUUGUCUACAAGAUCAACGCCGGCAUCUACAUCUUCAAUCCCAGCAUGCUCAGCAGGAUCCAGCUGAGACCCACCUCCAUCGAGAAGGAGAUUUUUCCCGUCAUGGCGGGGGAGGGACAUCUGUACGCCAUGGAGCUGCAGGGGUUCUGGAUGGACAUCGGUCAGCAAGACUUCCUGACGGGGAUGUGUAUACUUCAGUCCGUACGGCAGCACACUCCUGAGAGGCUACGCACAGGGCCCGGUUUUCUCGGGAACGUUCUCGUGGACCCGACAGCACUGAUUGGAGAGAACUGCACCAUCGGUCCGAAUGUCACGAUCGGUGCAGGCGUGGUGGUGGAGGACGGGGUGAGGAUAAAACGCUGCACCGUGCUGAAAGGAGCGCGGGUUCGAUCGCACUCUUGGCUGGAGAGCUGCAUCGUCGGGUGGAGCUCCUCUGUCGGACAAUGGGAGUGAGUGAAAGAGGGACCACCUGUGAAACCAAAAUACCCCCUGCAAUGGGGGCUGACAGUGCGGAUGGAGAAUGUGACGGUGUUGGGGGAGGACGUGAUCGUGAACGACGAGCUCUAUCUAAACGGUGCCAACGUCCUGCCUCAAUCCAUCAGCGAGUCCGUCCCAGAGCCUCGGAUCUCAUGUAGCAUGCGGUGGAGGAGAGAAGCACCCAGCGCCUUCUUUUUAAACGAACUCAACAGAACACCCAAAUUGUGCCACAGAGAGGAGGAAGAGGAAGAAGAGGAGGAAGGGCAAACAGAUGGGUGGAGUGCAGGAAAGCAGGAGGAGACAUUUAUUUUCCUUUAGUUCUUAAUUUGGACUCGUUUUUUGCCCUGCUUGGCUGCAUCUUUCAUCAAUGAGCAAACAUCAAACGCUAAUAUCUUGAAUGUGGCAGACAGAAAAUGUCAUGCUGUGAACACUGCUUUAAUUAAAAAAAGGUGAGGGAGGGGGCUGAUGUACGUGGGAUGGGUGUCCGUCAGCGGUGGAGGGACUAAUGUGAAGUGGAUUCAGAGGGUGGCAGGAUUAGAGGACGUAGUUUGACUCACUGUGCUUGCAUCUCUUAGACAGUUACAGAGUGUUAAGAUGAAGCAUUCGAAUUAUCUGACACGUUUAUGGGACUGACAUGGACGAACAGAGAAAAGCUGCAUUCAAAGAUGCAUCGAUUGGCCCUCUAUGGGUCAGCCAGAGCGAGCUGUAGACAACUCAUAGCAUAGAAAGCUGCUAAUGCUUGCUUCUUCGCUCAUGCAGCAGACUCAGAGGAACAUGCUCAUGUAUAUCCAUCUGAUGAAUGUAGCGUUAUCAUUGUUAUAAGAAUACUAAUAAGUAAGGCUUUAAUCCGUCAUAGAGAGCGUGCUGAGUACGUCUUCAUGCCUUCAAGAGUUUUCUCUUCUUUGUUUUGUCUUGAUAAAUGUGCACUUCCACGCCAAAACCAGUCUGCAAAAAGUGAACAAAAUGUAGCAUGCUUUUUACAACAAACAAAUCUGGACAUGUGCUGCCUCUCCAACCGCUCAAAUGAAGGGAUAGGUGAGCCCAGCCUGCUGUGGUAGAAGUGGGGUGUGCAGGUCUGAUCAAACCCCUCCUCAGUCUUUCACCAGAAUAAAUCUGGGUUUAUUCAAAGCCCAAGAUGUGAAGUAGAAAACAAACCUGAACAUGAUUACAGCCAAUCAGCAACAGGUAGCAACAGGUUGUACACUCUCCAUGAAUACAGACAAAAAAGGACAACAUUCCAUUGUGUCGGAUGUGUUCUAGCUUUGGUUUUAUGUAAGUUUGCAGAGUGAAAAGAGAUUCAUGAACCAAACUGCUGUUACAGAACCACAUAUGUGGCUUAUUAUAUAUCUCUUCCUGCAGAAAUCUGUACAUCUGUCAGAUGAAAUCUGGUUGCCUCAGCUUAAUUCUUAUAUUGUAAGUUGCUUUAAACAACGAUGAGAGGUGCAGGACCUUUACACUCUCAUCCUCAGACUACAGGAUAGGAUAGAUCUUACUCUCUUUCACAUCCAAACAGCAGUGCUACUUCAUGAUCGCGCCAAAGAUUACUCUCCCUACUGAUGUUCGUCUCUUAUAAGAUCCUACAUAGAAAUGUAGAAUGUGUUGGUGGAUCUGGACUUCAGUAAGAGAAGUCUUCUGGUGUUAGUAUUGACCAAUCAGGUAUCAGCAGGUUUGAUGUAUGCAGGAAAAGGAAGAACACACACAACACACUGCAAAGACAUCCCAGCAUCCAUCAGCAGUAAUCUGAAGAUGAUUUAUUUCUCUUUAUAAACAGUUUCUGCAUGCAAGUGCAGCCAACAAUCCUUUCAAGGGGUGGCCACAAAUCUGCUCCAUGCAGUUGUUCAGAUUUCCUGAUUUGAUGGAUCAGAAACAAUGGAUCCGAACCUGACAAAGCUCGACUUUAAUUUUGGGCUGAGCAUCAGAAGGAGCAGUGAAAGGACAUUAAAUAUCAAUAAACUCUCUAUAGAAGUACAUACUCCACAUUUCCAACCAACACAUGCCUCAUAUCGUAUAAAAAUGUGAAGACCUCUACAGCAGAAGGCAUCUGAAAUGAGUCAUCUUUGAUAAUUUUUUCAUCUCAGUUGUUUAACUUCAAAUGUUUCUCUACAUUUGACUUAUUGUUACUGACCAGGAAAACACAUGCAGCAAGUGAAACUGUCCUCUGAAACAAUGAAGCGUCUGUAUGUUAUUAUGCAGUAAGUGAUCACCACUAAUCAACUCUCUGAACAUGUUGAAGCUGAAUCAAGUGAAAUCUUGUAAUGAAGUCUUUUUUAAAGAGAAUAAUAUCUACUGACCACAUUCACCUCUCGUCUUGUGUCUUUUACUUUGUCAUUAUGUAUAAGAUCAUGUACAGUGAGCAGGUUGCUGUGCAAAAUUGAAAUAGUCCUCAACAGUAGCCUGCUCAGACUGUUACAAAUAUCAUUAAAUGUAUCAUUUUCAUUCACA